AUGCACGUGCUGCUCGAGGGCCUAGAUCGACACAAGGUGCUCGGAGACACCGAGGAUUCGAUGUCGACACUUUCAAGAGCGUGGCACGCAGUAAAGUGGUCGCAGUGUGCAUUAUGAGAUUUGGAUCUAUGUCUACAUUUUGAUUUUGUGUACACUAUAUGGCCCUACUUCUUCUCCUGAACAACACACAUGCUCCUUUUUCAUAUUUCUCGUUGCCAUUGCUGGAGCGGGCAGUGACGUAUCUGCAUAGCGUGUACCCUGUGGGCGACUACUCUUUUGUGUCUGUGGAGUGGGAUGACCUCUUUUUAAGGCAGCCAACUCCAUUCGUACAUCCCUGUGUACGCCCUCGGCACGAAUGAUGCAAGGUGAGUGAUAGUUAAAGGAAUAUGUAUCGUCAUGAUAAGAAGUAGUAUGACGCCUGUACUAGUAGGCUGUCUGCGCCGAUUUUUGUGUGAGAUUAAUUGCAUAGUAUUUCACUAACCGUUACUUGUUCUUUUAACAACAUCACAAUUAUGAACAAUGGGAAGACCUCUAGGGCAGAAAGGACCAGCGCAGCGCCUAGAAUAAACGGGUCCUAACUUACAAGGCCAAAGAUAGUGUCUUUGUGUUUAUAACGUGUAGCUCUCUAUUUCUAACGUGCACCUUUAUUUACUAUAACUUUUCUUAUCGUUUUAUGUUUUCCCUAGUUAGGUCUGCUCAACCACAAAUUAUGAACAAUGAAUAGGACGGUAAAAGUCGAGAAAUGAUUACAACAGGAGCGUGUGAGGGAUGGAGUAUGGAAUUAGGCUUCAUUUUUUCGCGCAUUGAAUUGGCAUUUGCUGAGCCGUAGCCCAGGACUCUUCUUGAACCGUGGAAGCAGCCUCUUAUUGAAGUUGGAACUUGUGGGGAACGCACGCGGACGUUUGGACUAGGACAAUAAUGCACCAUGAUAGCCUCACUCCUAGUACCUACUACAACGAGGUUACACUAAAUAUUCGCUUCCCGCCCUAGACUUUUUGGGCACCACCUUGGAGAAAAAAUUGAUAAUGCAAUCAACGUACCUUCGUAGGAGAUAAUUUUUCUCCAGUGAACAUCCAGCAGUCCUAUGUCGUACUAGGAACCUCUAAUUGUAGCUAUUGCGCCAUUUCGUGGAGACAGUUCUUGACCAGUCCGAUGCUGCCAUUGACUUGCUACAAAAGGCAUGGCCGUUACUCCCAUGGCUUGCAGAGACGGAGAAACAGAAGAUUAUGGUUGGUAAAGGAGUUAAAGAAGACCUUUCUGUGGAGCUUUAUGGAUUCGCAUCGCAGUUUUUGGAAACGCAUGCGGAUUGUUCCUGGGCCAAGGAUCUACUGCCGCAUUGCGACCUCAGUCUGGUAUCUCCUUAGGCUGGUCUUUAUCUCGUCUCUAGACUAUUACUUACUAGGGCAAGGUUCCGAGCCAGCAUCAAUGUUACUUAGUACGCAUUACUGAGUUCUUGAUCUUGUCGAGUUGUACUUGCAACGUCAAAAAUCAGAAGCGAUGUAGAUGUCCAGGAGUACUCGAUACUUUUCAUGACACCUCCUCCCAGGUAAGUCCUUCGCUAUUGCUGAGCGAAAGCUUGGUGCCCCUUGAGGUGUUGUUGUCGAAAGCCACCGACCUAGGCCGUGACGUUUUGCAGGAAACGCUGCUGCGUCGCAUGCUGAACAAGUAUGAGAUUUUGUUUGAUAUUAUAGAUUCAUAGAACUACUGCAACAGCAACUCCAACUAUUCGCCAACAUUGUACUUCAAUGUGAUCCACCUGUAACUCCGCAUCUAAUCCUACAAAGUACUCCUCUAAGUUGUGGGGAGCCUUUGCGAGAAAAGCUUUGCGAGCCCCGAAGCUGAGUGGCACGAGGCAUCUGACCCGAAUCUGCGAAUGGCUUUCGAUCUCUUACUAGCCGAAAGAAGCGGCACAGCGGAAGGAAGGUAAUGAUCGUAAAGCCGUAAUUGUUCGUAAGUACACCAGGACCUGCCUCUAUUUGCCUCAUAUUUAUUCACUAUCGUUCGUCGUGUUGUCAUGUACAUUCAUCCGAUCUCAUGUUGUUCCAUUGUUUAAAAGGGUGGAUAUGAAGAUGUUGAAUUACCACCACUGUAUCAUCGUAGGUAUCCCGAAGGCCCGUCCUCUGAAGCCACCAGUGUGGAUGUUGGUGGAGAUCGUGUGACCAGGAUAGCGACGAACCUGGCGCUUGAGCGCUUGCCUUUGGAUAUUCUGCGGCAGCCGCGAUUACCGAUCUACGCUUUAUUGCAGUCACGCUUGACGCGGGAAGCGUUUGAAGCCUGCAGCGUGCCCUUGUUCUUCUACCACUGUGAGACGUACGAAGAGCCGCUACGGGAGGAUAGUCGCAGAAUCGAAAAUUUACUGCACUGUCUCUUCGAUUCAUACAAGGUCUUUCAGAAAACCUUCAACAAACAUCAGAUCAUACUUUUCAAACUGCCUAGUGGUGUGAAUUCGACCGUGGUUGAUGUGACAUAAACUUCCGCGCGAAUAUGAACAGCAUUUAACCGACUACUACCAUCUGCUUAUAAUACAAUAGUACCAUACACAUACUUUUCGUGACUGCUACACUAGUAUAAUUUUUGAAUUUGCUCUACGUACUACUUAUCAAGGCAAUACUCGCGCGCAGCAACGUUUUACGUCGAAGGACAGCCUCUCGUGGUAUGAAAACCCUUGCGGUGGUCAGCGGAGCCCCAGCGGGAAGGAAGUAUGGAGGCGCAGAGGCGACUCCUGCUGGUUCAAUGGUGGGAGCAGAGGCCGAGGAGAGCAGGACUGCUACAGUGCCGGACGAUGACGUGCUGGGAACGUAUUUUUUUGUUUUUAGCUGCAGUUGUAACAGUGGGCUGGGCAGGAAUUUAAUCGAGUUUGAAGUUGAUACAUCGCAAGCCCCAAAUUUUUCCGAAGCCUCGGGUGCAGAGCGUAAAAUUUCGUGGAAGGCUCGGGACACGAUUGGGCCACUUGCGAGGAAAGCGCGCAUGCCGUCCCGGUGCCGCCGCAUAGUCGUAGAAGCUCGCCGGCUGAGCGCUUGGAAGGCCGCGGCCUGCUAGCGCGACGAAACGAAGCCGGUGCAAAAAACGAGCGUGAAAAGCCGGCGCCGAUAUUGUUCGCGCCCGAGUACGCUCCGCCACCAACGUAAAGCAAAGGGCGGGCGUUUUCUUCUGUGUGGGCAUCUUCAUAGAUCGCGCCGAAAUUUACGCAACAAGGUGCGCCAUGGGAUUCCAUUACUCGCCGGGCUUCGCUGCGAGGUUAGUGAUAGCUAGCUUCUGAGCCCAUGGGAAUCAAUGGGAAAGGUAAAUGCCGGGUGACAUGCGUGAAAUGUGUCCGCGGGCGUUCUCCUUUGCCGCACCAGGCGGCGUUGCAGUCCUUUAGCGUAGGGCGCUGCAGUCUCAAACGCCUGCCAGGCGACUGGUGCCCGACUGUGGAAGCAACUGCAUGCAUCGGCUUCAGCUGGUAGGUUUUCUCGCUGGGGGCGCGCUGCUUGACGGUUCCCGAAACCAGGACAACAAUCCGGAAGGAGGAGUGGGGGCCAGGUGGUUGCGCAUGGUUAUGCUCCCUGAUGGGGUAAAUUGUGGCCCGCUCGCCGCUGCGCUGCAUGAUACUCCACUCGUAACCAACAACCUGCAGCUUCGAACAUAGAUACUUACAAAAGAAACGGGAAGACGCCGCCCCAGCUCCUCCCCCUCCUUCCUGAGUUCUACUCUUUCAGUUUCUAGAUGGCCUCGCUUUUUCUUUUAUUUCAGGUUAUAGAUAGCCAGCAGUAUACAUAGGAGGACCGCUCAAAGCGCUAUGCCGGGUGAUGACGACAACAACUAACCUCGAUUAAUAUUGAGCCUCGUGAUAGACCGCGCAACCAUGUCCAUUUCUUUGAGAAGAGUCACUUUGUUCACUAUCAAUCUGAACAGGGAUGAACUUCCAGCGGACGGCGUAUUGCCAUUCUCUCGGGAGAAUACUGCGCGGAUAUUCACAUUGUUGGACGAAUGUUUAAGGCUAUCAGCAUGUACUCCUUGCGAAACUUAGUAUAUAUCAUAAAAUUGCAAUUGCUGUGAUUUAGUCUCUUAUUCCUAGGUAGAUGAAGAAAGCUUCAAGGUCACACUCUAGAUCUAGUUGUAGUCCUACCUUAACGAGAAGGAGCUCUAAUGUCAGACUGUACGAGGCAGCAGAUUCUUCCCUUGCUCGACUGCUUGGAUCUGUGCUACUUGCCCCGCAGUUUAUACAAUGUGGAGUGGGUUGAUUCCUGUGUACUGCUGGAGUGUAAGUUGGAAAGUACCGAGCGCAAGUUGGAGCAGCGCAUACGCGAAGCAACCAGCCACAUCCUGGAUCGAGUUCACUUCAUGUCAACUAGUGGAGGCGCUGGUGUGACGUGCGGCGCUCCGGCUGAGGCAGUAGCACAAUCGAGUGUAGUCGGAAAUCACCAUGGCGGGGAUAGAAUACAACAAGGUCCGUUGAGAUGUAAUACAGACACGUUAUCAGUAGGGGCUGUCUUGGGAGGCGAUACGCGAUUAUUUGCGAGUGACAACAUGGUCGUCGUCAACAGUGUCAGUAGGGCCAAUGAGGGUCCCCCUGAGGCCGCGGAAGCUUCGGGAGUGCGCCCGAAAGAGCGUGCGCACCGACAGCCGAAAAACGAUGCUUCUGGUGUGGUUGGCGGAGGUGCCGCAACUUCUGCGUCUUCGUCUAGUAGCAGAGGCGGGGCGAUGGAUGCCAUCGUAAACAUGACCGUAAUGCAGACACGCGAAGAAGUUGCGGCACUGCGCGCAGAACUGAGGGAUUUCCAAGAGGCGCAGCGACGCUUGCUUCAAGUGACCUUACCUAGCGUGUUGGAGUCAGUGCUUUUGCGAUCGGGAGUCGCUGCCUCUCCUGUGGACACGGUUUCUGCAAAUAAGGACGAUUUGACGAAGUUAAGGCGGUCUCGGUUUCUGUUUGUACGUAGUUGAUUUCCACAGCAUAGCAGCUGCAAGGCCUUUCUGGAGCGCCCCAGAUAGGAUGAUGUAGAUGUUGUAAUGACGUCCUGAUCUCCAUAUUUCCAAUCAACAUCCAUUUUGGAAAUGAAUCUUUAUCAGGAAAACGGGCUCUAAAUGAGCACGCAGCACCCUUUUUCUCGUCUUCUGGGAGUUGCGCCUCCUCGUCUUCAUCUGCAGCGAAGCGCCCACCGGCACAGGAAGGCGUAGACCCGCACUUCAGCGAAAGGGCGUCGAUCAAUCAAGAUCCUCUCGAUGGUCCUCACGAAUAUGCUGACAAGCCAGGAGGUGUUCUAGCUAAAGCGGACCGACUCAGCGACAUUCUUGUUGGGCCUGGAAACGUAAGCGCGAGUGUUUCGAGUGUUGGUCCCCAGAAGGAUAGUAGCAGCAGUAGUGCAAGUGGGACUAAUCGAGAAAGCGAUGCCACCGCUUCUUAUCACCCUCCUCUACGAGCAUAUCCUGGCACUAGAUUUGGCGACGAAGACAGUGGCAGUGGUACAGUACUAGAAGAAACAGGGAGACGGAGAGCGGGAAAUGGCGCAGACCGCACUAGGUGCGCGAGCACCGGAAGCGUUGUGCCAUCUCCGAAUGCACUUCAUGCUUUUCGCGUUCCGCAGCUUGUUGGCGGUACGGUCCCUCUCACUCCAGGAGCCUCCGUGGCACUCGCGGAGGAUACUGGGCCCGCAUCUUCCUCGCGACUACGGUCGCACUCUCUAUUGCAGGUGGGUGCUUCUAGUUCGGGUGAUGUGCUGCAGAGCCACCAAUUCCAGCCGGGGACUAGCAGCAGUUCCAGCACUAGCAGCACCGCAGCAGCUGGUGGGGGUGCACUUCCAUACAUGAUGCAAGACAGCGCUACUGGGUCUUGUAGUUCUUUCAACCUCCCUCAAAGCCAUAGCGCGCCGAAUGGAGGUGGAAUUUUUCAUGGCGCCACUUCUAGAGCGGUUCCCGCGAUGAGUAAUAUUGAGCAUCAUAGUGUGUUCGGGGGCAUUCCUCCUAGUUUGCAGAUGCAACAUGAAAAUUACGUGGGCGCUAAUAACUACAAUGAUAGUAAUAUGAACAAAUAUCAACAGCAACAACAGCAAUCCUUGUUACAACAGUCAUCUGUCUCGCAAGGGCAGGUCGAAGGAUUCGGGCACGGAAAUAACCGGGGAUUUCAACCACACAGCGCAUCAAAUAAUUGGACAAAUUAUCCAUUAAGAGUGGUCGGCCAUCAUCAUCAUCAUCAUCAUCAUCAUCCACAUUAUGUGGCGCGACCUAUCGUGACUGAAUUCCCCACAGAGGUUAAGGGGAACAACCUGAACAGGGGAAAAUGGUAAGUAACUCAACCACAGAUAGUGAUCGCCUAGUAUCUUUAAUCUUCGGGGGUCCCGCGGAGGCAGGAAUGUUCGCGCCAUGGGGACUGUCGGGAGGCUUUUCACAACCUUCGAUGGGAACUGUCUGGCGACAGUCACAGUUCCCCGGGGAUGCUCAGCGGCCUCCUGCUCAAGAAGGAACGAUAUCCGGAAUGGACGCGCAGCAUCAACCGCUUUCCGACCCGCGGGGCCAGCACGAAUUUCCAUCAACUUCAAACAAAUAUUAUGGCCUAAAUCAAGAUCAACAUGCUGUACUAUCUUCAUGAUGAUAUCGAGAAGGAUAAGCGUCGCAAACGCGGCAAACUGUAGUUCGAUCAGGGCUGGGAAAGACAAAGUCGUAGUAAGAAGAGGUAGGUUCUGAAGAGAGAAUGUGCAAGAGUAGUAAUUUAACAGUCCCAUUCUCUAAGGAUUCAACGAGCAACAUCAACAGCCGGAAAGAAAGAAUUGCGAAGAGCAGCUGGACGCUCUAAACGAGAGGGUGCGAGGCCAGGGCAUCCUAGCACAUUCAUCGCAGUAUGCUGCUGCGCAGGCGCCACAGCGACAGGGGGAGGUCCUGCACAGCUCUUCAGGCCAGGACACCUUAUCCGGACCAGGUCACGGUGCGCCGGGCAUGACCAUGGGGGACGUGUAUGAAGAGCAGUCGUCCAACGCAACAAGCAAAUCCGCCAUGAAGACGAACACAAAAGCGAGCAAAGAUGCCACCGACGCAGGGGGACAGAUCCUUUUCGGGCAAUUGGCGUUGAGUGCAGAGGAGGCCGGAUGCAAUUCUGUGAACGAGGAUGGCAGUUCGUCCGGACCUGGGAGAAAGCGUCCAGUUUACUGGGGUCGCAUUGCGGAGGAAGUGCCCGAUGACGUGAAGGAAUUCCUGCCCACAGUGCAAGCAUUCAAACCGAAAAUACUCAUACGAAAAAACAAAAAGUAAUAAGCGAACUAUUGCAGUAGCAGCUUGCUGCACGAGCGCGUCGAUCGCGAAAUCUUGCUCAGGAUUAGUUCUGCAACUCGGUUUUUCUUCGACGGAGAUUGCUUGAGUAGAUGCUCGGUUAGGUAAGACGUUGCAGAUUUUGAUUCGGACCAUUAUUUUCCAGAGCGAUGUUGGAUUCGAGGUUGUUUAUUCUUGUAUGUAAUGCUGAUGGAUUUGAUAAGCUGCUAAGCUCAGAAGUGUAUCGCUUGCUGCUUUUCAUCAUUGACUAUGUUACCACUGGAGGAGGAGUUACACAUGAGGGCGUUGUCGCAGGAGCGACAGUGAUCCCGAUCUUGCGCUAAUUUUGGUGUUCUAUGUAUAUGGUAGAUCGUUCUACAUCCACUUUAUUCUAGUAACUAAGUACCCCUGGAUCUGGAUGCUUUGACGACAUAGGAAGAGUCCUCAAGCUGACGAGUAUUUUUUACUACUAGGCAUGGAUUUCAAAUUUUUUAAAGCGGUGUAGACUGGGCCCGAAGGUGCUCUUAGUUCUCUUGUCCCCCUUGUUGAUCGGACGCGCGCCGUCAUAAAUUUUAAUGUCAUGAUCAUGGGAGAAGCAUAUGGUAAGUGAAAAUGAAUGUAGAAGUUCUCAUUCUGAAUCAUUCACCGCGUUUUCUUUAGAAACAAAGUAAGUCAUCAAUAAUUACAGGAACUGAUAGACAUGACAUAUAAACCGCUACCUUGGUAUUGUUUUGACAGUGACGCACAUGGAUACAAACAUACUAGAAUCAGAAUCUUCUCCUUCGUCUUCACGCGGCACGCGUCCUUCCGGAAGAAGAGUGGGUGACCAAGGCACAGGAC